GGGGCCUGCUCACUUCGUCGAAGCCGCCCUCGACGCCGGUGGCUCUGGCGUCUCCUCCGUCAUGUUUUCUCUCAAGGCCCCGAAAGCCACUUUCAGGUCCUACCUUUUGCCUCAGGCUGAAGAGAAGAUAACACCCGAGCCCAGGCUUAAGAAGUUGGAGCCCAUUCUUUUGCCAGGUGAAAUUGUGGUGAAUGACGUGAACUUUGUGCGGAAAUGUAUCGCAACGGACACCAGCCAGUACGAUCUCUGGGGGAAACUGGUUUGCACCAAUUUCAAGAUCUCCUUCAUUACAGAAGAUCCCACGCCACUUCAGAAGUUCCAGUACAGGAACCUUCUCUUGGGAGAACAUGAUGUUGCAUUAACAUGCAUUGAGCAAAUAGUCACAGUGAAUGAUACAAAGAGGAAGCAGAAAGUCCUGGGCCCGAAUCAAAAGCUUAAGUUUAAUCCAACGGAACUGAUCAUAUACUGCAAAGACUUUCGUAUUGUCCGGUUUCGUUUUGAUGAGGCGGGACCCGAAAGUGCAAAAAAGGUGUGCCUUGCCAUCGCCCAUUAUUCCCAGCCAGCGGAUCUCCAGCUCCUCUUUGCGUUUGAGUAUGUGAGCAAGAAGUACAAUAACCCAGCCAAAAAGGUGAAUGGCUUAGACCCUGGAGGAGGUGGCGGUGGCCCUCAGACCCCAUUGUUUGAAACGUACUCUGACUGGGAUCGAGAGAUCAAGAGAACCGGAGCCUCUGAAUGGCGCGUCUGUUCCGUCAACGAAGGCUACAUGAUCUCUACCUGUCUUCCAGAGUACUUUGUGGUGCCUUCGUCUUUGGCGGACCAAGACCUAAAGCUCUAUUCCCAUUCCUUCAUUGGGAGACGGAUGCCGAUGUGGUGCUGGAACCAUUCCAAUGGAAGCGCCCUUGUGAGAAUGGCCCACAUAAAGGAUUCUUUGCAGCAGCGGAAGAUAGAUCAACGGAUUUCCAAUGCCGUCACCCGAAGCCAUCCACAGAGGAGUGACGUUUAUAAAUCUGACUUGGACAAAGCUUUGCCAAACAUCCAAGAAAUCCAGUCUGCCUUUCUCAAACUCAAGCAGUUGUGUGUGAAUGAGCCAUUCGAAGAAACCGAGGAGAAAUGGUUGUCCUUGCUGGAUAAUUCCCGUUGGCUGGAGUAUGUCAGGCUCUUCCUGAAGCAUUCUGCAGAGCUUGUCUACAUGCUGGACAGCAAACGUGUUUCAGUAAUUUUGCAAGAAGAGGAAGGGAGGGACCUGAGCUGCUGCGUGGCUUCCCUGGUUCAAGUGAUGCUGGAUCCCUUCUUCCGGACCAUGGUUGGCUUUCAGAGCCUGGUUCAGAAGGAGUGGGUCAUGGCCGGAUACCCAUUUCUGGAUCGGUGCAACCACCUGAAGAAAUCGGACAAAGAGUCUCCCUUGUUCUUACUGUUCCUGGAUUGCGUUUGGCAAUUGCUGGAGCAAUACCCCUCUGCCUUUGAAUUCUCCGAAGCUUACUUGACGAUCCUUAAUGACAGUACACGGAUCUCCUUGUUCGGCACCUUCCUCUUCAACUCUCCUCACCAGAGGGUCAAGCAGAGCACGGAGUUUGCAAUCAGCAAAAACAUCCAGUUGGGUGACGAAAAAGGUCUGAAAUUCCCUUCCGUUUGGGACUGGUCUCUGCAGCACACGGCGAGGGACCGCAUGCUCUUCCACAACCCCUGGUACAUUGGGAAGAACACGCCCUGCGUCCAGAACGGGGCCGUGAAAUCCUUCAAGCGGACAAAGAAGAACUACAGUUCGACGCUCCGAGGCCUCCCGCCGUCCCUCAAAAAUGGGAUCAUUGGCGAGCAAGACUUCCUCCCAAGAAGGAACUCCCUCAUCCUCAAACUGAAGCCGGACUUCCUCCUCCAUCACGCCCACGACAACGCCAACGGCAUGGAGCAGUAUUUCCGGGAGUGGUUCUCCAAGCCGCCCGACCUGCACGGCGUCCUCCUCCCCCGUCUCUCCGGGACGCAGAUCAAACUCUGGAAGCUCUGCUACUUCCGCUGGGUCCCCGAGGCCCAGAUCAGCAGUGGCGGCUUCAUCACGGCCUUCCACAAAAUCUCCUUGUUGGCGGACGAAGUGGAGGCCUUGAACCGGAGCCUGCGGCGACACAACGGGGCCCCGCCUUUGCUGUUCAACGCUGCUUCCGAACUGGACCAAAGCCGGAUGUAUUUCAGGGCGGCCGAGCUCAACGACCCAUCCGCCAGCCCUGAGUUCCUCUCGUCCUCCUUCCCCUUCUCGCCUGUUGGGAAUCUCUGCCGGCGGAGUAUCUUGGGAACGCCGUUGAGUAAAUUCCUGAGCGGUGCCAAAAUCUGGUUGUCCACAGAGACACUGGCCAACGAGGAUUGAUGCCUUCAGGACAAGGGAUGAGGACUAGCACCUUGACGCCACACUGCGAAAUUGCAGCACCGGAAGCUGUAAUAACUUUAUAUAAUAAGGCAGGCCUGGGCAAAUUUUGGCCCUCCCUCCAGAUGUUUUGGACUCCAAGUCCCACAAUUCCUAACAGCUGGUAGGCUGUUAGGAAUUGUAGGAGUUGGAGUCCAAAACACCUGGAGGGAGGGCCAAAGUUUGCCCAGGCCUGUACUAAGGUUACCUUUGGAGAUUAUCACACUAUGCUGUUAUUUCACUUUGCUGUUUAGAGGAAGGCCUUUACGAUUCUCAACCAGAGAGAUCCUGGGCCUCGCCGGACUACAAAUCCCAGAACCCCCCAGGAGGCAGCCAUAGGAUUUAAAGUGUGGAAUAGCAGCACUUUUCAGCAGCGUCGUGCGAUAAUAAUCUCCUUCGUUUUUGCACAAAGUAUUUAAAAAAGCAGGAGUCUCAUGCUUUCAAACUGCACAACCUUUUUUCCUCUUCCACUUUCCCAAUCUCGAAGCCUGUCCUUCAUUAAGCCAUUCUUCCUGCACUCUUACAUAUAUAUAUCAUCUUUGAUAUUUUUUCCCCCAUCCUGUCGGUGGAUAAUUUUGGUUCCUUUGCGCUGUUCCCAUUUUGCUGACGGAAGCAAGUCUCUCGUCGGCGUGCACUGAUAAAUAGAUGAAGACAAGAGAGCGGAGGGGAAAAAGAGAAGCAGAUUUGCAGGGUCGGGUUUGAUUGCCUUUAUAUUGGUGCAAACGCAGAAGCUGUAUGCUUUUGACAAAUUGCAGAUUUAUGGCAUGAGCCGGCCGAGGCGAGGCACUUUAAGCACCCAUUGAUUUCCACAGUUCUUCUAAAGCAUCCCUCUCAUUCGAAACAUAUUAGAUUUAAAAGCAUUUACUUUUGAGUGAACCUAUCUGGGCAUGAUCUGGUUUCAGCCUGCGAGUCUGCUUUUUUUCUUUCCUCCCUCUUUUCGUGCAUCUGAGGCUGGCUUUUUAGUUUGUAAAGCAGAGAAAUAGUGUUGGCUUAUGACGUCACAUUGAGUCCCCCCAAUGCAGAGUUGCCCUCAUCGUUGUCUCUAUCAAAACCACAGUUGCUGUACGUUUUAGGUCUAAAAUAGACUUUCCCAACAGGAAGGGAUUGAGAAGUCGACUUCCUGUUGGAAAAAGUUAUCUAGAGUGAUCAUGUGCAUUCAGGACUUACCUUGAUCCGUUUUGUGUCCCGGCUUUCAGAGGGGCUCCCAAUCCAUUUUAAGAUAUUUGUUUUCGGGGCCUAAAGAUCAAUUUCCCUUCGGCCCAUUGUUUUGGGGAGGGGGCUUAACCCGUAGGCCCAAAGCUCCCGGGCCUACGGGUGCAGGCUUUGGGCCUACGUACCUGGGCCUAGCAGGGCCUGCAGCUGAGUGCCGAAUAAGGCAUGUAGGCCCAAAACCCAUAGGCCUGGGCGCUUUGGGCCUACGGGUGCAAGUUUUGGGCCUAUGCACCUGGGCCAGGCAGGGUCUGCAGCCGAGCAUUGAGUAUGUAGCACCCCUUGCUCGGCGCUUGGCAGCAGGCACCCCGGACCUAACGGGGCCUGCAGCUGAGUUCCAACUAAGGCACGUAGGCCCAAAACCUGCACCCGUUGGCCUGGGCAUUUUGGGCCUACGGGCACAAGUUUUGGGCCUAUACAUCCAGGCCUGGCAGGGCCUGCAGCCGAGCACUGGUGAAAGGCAGACAGGAGCGAGUACCAGCUCCAAGCCUGCUUUUCGGAUUGAUUGACUGGGGACGGGCAGGGCUUGCAGCUGAGCGCCAAGUAAGGAGCGCUCCUUACUUGGUGCUAGGCUGCAAGCCCUGCUAGGCCUGGACAUGUAGUCCCAAAGCCUACACCCAUAGGCCUGGGUGCUUUGGGCCAACGGGUACAGGCUUUGGGACUAUGCGUCCAGGCCUGGCAGGGCUCCUUACUCGGCGCUCGGCUGCAGGCCCUGCCUGUCCCUAGUCAUUUGAUCCGAAAAGCAGGCUUGGAGCUGGUACCCGCUCCCGUCUGCCUUUCAUUUCAUUCCAGGAGCAGCCUUUCCGUUUCGUGCCAUCCAAAUAGACAGAACGAAACAGAAACAUGAAUGAAAUGAAUGGGACAAAUUUCAUCUCCAUAACUAAUCUAUAGUCCAAAAUAGCGCCAGGGCAGGUGGAGGAAUGCUUGCCUUCAACUCCCAGGAGCAUCAAAGAGCAAAUUUCGUGUAUUUGGCUUUUUAAAAAGGCCUUUGCCCUCUGCAAGCCCCAUUUUCCUGGAUCAAGGUAUCUUUAUGGAAGUACAGGAUGUGCUGCUGACGGCUGGGAUACUCAUAAAACCCCAUCGCUACAAUUUCUGCCACCUCCUCAUGAGGAAAAUCCCCCUUUUGCUUUGGCUUUACUCAUAACCUAAGCUAAAGGGGAACCUAGAUUGCUUUCACUGUGGUUCUAAAGGCAGAAUUUGACUGCUAAGGUCAUUACAACUUGCACAACCCCCAAACCAGGCAUGUCGGCAGUAGCCUUAGAAGUGCCUUUCGUUGCCUUGAAAGUCUUUUCUUAAUUUUUUAACUUCUUUCAUUUGGAAUAAAGUUAUUUGAGAAGCUCAUUUUCUACCCACUUGCCAGAUUCACAAUCAUAUAGUACCCUGUUUCCCCAAAAAUAAGACAGUGUCUUAUAUUAAUUUUUGCUCCCAAAGAUGCGCUAGGCCCUAUUUUCAGGGCAUGUCUUAUUUUUCCAUGAAAAAGAAUUCACAUUUACUAUUGAACAAAAAUAAGGAUUUUUUAAACAUACUGUACAGUAGUUGUCUGGUCACACUGGUUGCCUGACUCACACACAGGGCCACAAAAAAUAAGCGCUGUAAAGUACCUGUCUCCCACACACUGUCUGGAGACUGUAAUGAUUAGUAUGUACAUUUGGGACUUGAUUUGGGAUCCCAUCCGCUUUGUCUGAGCCUCCCAAAAUCGGGAGGUUAAAUAUUUGCUUUUUGUUUUCAGGGCCGAAAGAUCCGUUUUCUUUCGGAUCAUUAUUGGGGGGGGGGGGGCUUCACCCGCCGGCCCAAAGCGCCUGGGUGUACAGGUGCAGGCUUUGGGUCUAUGCACCCGGGCCUGGCACGGCCUGCAGCUGAGUGCCAAAAAAGGAGCGCUCCAUGCAUUCAAUCCAAAAAGUAGCCCUACCUGCCUUUUGUAUCAAUUGCAUUUUUGUUUUAGGAGGGGCCUGUCCGUUCUGUGCCAUCCAAAUGGAUGGAACGAAAUGGAAACACCAAUGGGACAUAUAUCGGCCCAUGACUAGUAACGAUCUCCCACAGCAGUUCCUGGGCCACUUGUACAGCAAGAACAGUAUUGCAGCUCCUGUCCUCCCCCGAAAGUAAGACAUAGCAAAUAAAAACUUUGCUAGGUCUUACUUUCGGGGGAGGCCUUAUAUUUAGCAAUUCAGCAAAACCUCUACUAGGUCUUAUUUUCAGGGGAUGUCUUAUUUUCGGGGAAACAGGGUAAUUUCUGGACGUAAACAAAAGCCACGAUCAUUUGCGCAGCAAAGGAAAUCUUGGUGCCGGAAUAGAGUUAACUCUGAGUUGUACCUGGUUUGGAAACCUUUUCUGCUCGAAAGCUUUUCUUUCCCUUCCCGAUGUUUCCAUUCUUGCCUCCUGAACCUUUAUCCAUAAAGGGCCAACAGAGGCGGACUGGAUUCACUGGAAAUGGCGACGUCGAAGGCCUUUCUCUCCUUAUAACCAAUGGAAUAUUGUUCCCAUUUUGUAUGUGUCCCGACUUUUCAUCUUUUUAAAAAAACGCUGUAUAAACUUUUUCAAGGUGGGGUCUACUCCUGAUACCUAAAAGUCUUAACUGCAUUUCAGAUGUAAUAUUUUUUGCUAAUCGGUUGAAAGUGGGAUGAAUAUAUUUUGCAAAAAAAAAAAAUUACUUGGUAAGACGUUGGAACUUUUGAGAUAUGUGUUAUAUCUCAAAUCACCUGAACAAAUCUCCCCCCUUCUUCCCUUUCAGAUUUUUUUAACUGUAUGUCUUUUGUAGCUGAUGACCUUUUCGUAUCCUUUUUGAUGUUUCAAACGAUUGCCUUUUAAGAAUAGCUGCCUAUCAACUGCCCUUAAACCAAAUGGAGUAGAGAGGAUUUUUUUAUAGCUGCAGUGAGAAUGAAAACAAAAGAAGACUAGGUAGGAAAGAAAGCUUUUUUCCUCCCCAAUUUAAUAGUGAAGUAAGAAUAUUGAGCAGCAAAAAUUUGAUUUGGAGGUGUAGGCGUCUGUAAUACAGCUGGUGGUGGAAUGGCCCCUUUAAGGAUUAAAAACAAUUGUAAAAGGUAGGUAAUAGAAGUGGCAAAGUGAGCAUUGAAUUGCAUUCUCUGUGCCUCUGAUCCCAUGGGUAUGGCGUAGGGCAGUGGCUCUCAACCUGUGGGUCCCCAGAUGUUUUGGCCUUCUACUCCCAGAAAUCCUGACAGCUGAUAAAGUAGCUGGGAUUUCUGGGAGUUGUAGGCCAAAACACCUGGGGACCCACAGGUUGAGAACCACUGGCAUAGGGCGUAUUUACAUUGUAGACAGAAUGCAGAUUUACUACCACAGGAUCAUGAGAGCUUUGUAUUGUCGAAGGCUUUCAUGGUCGGAAUCAUUGGGUUGUUGUAAGCUUUCCAGACUGUCUGGCCAUGUUCCAGAAGCAUUCUCUCCUGACGUUUUGCCCACAUCUAUGGCUGGCAUCCUGUCCUGACUUGCUCUUCAAAAACAGCCUUUAGACAAAUGUUGAAAGUAAAAGAAAAAUGCUUUACUUCAGCAAACACAAAAGAUAAGCAAAUGCAAUUCAAAAGUGCAAAAGAAAACAAGGAAGUCUUAAUCCAGACACAAAUUAAAGUCUCUUAUGAAGUCCCAAAAGAUACACCAGUCUUCCAUCAGACAACGGACGAUGAACAGCAGACACAAAGCAGCAGACACAAAGCAGAUUCUUAGCAGCAGACACAAAGCAGAUUCCAUAGGAGAGAAAACAUUGGUAUCAGGGUUAUUGUUACUAGCGAAAACUGACUACUUCUGCUACUGAUUUAUAACCCUGAAUUCCCCAAGCAGGAGGUGCUAGGGUGUCUCCCAAUUAGCUCAGCGUUUCUAGCAGCUAUCCUAGCAGAAUGCUGUCUGUGAUCUGUCUCUUUUCGUCUCUCUAGAAAUGUGGGCACUUUCAAACCUUCAUCGUCUGAUUCUUCUUCUCCCUCCAAUUCCUGAGCACUUCCCUGCUCCCCUUCCUCCUCCAAAGAUGAGGAAUCCCUAAUGCAUCCUCAGAGGUUGUGAGGUCUGUUGGAAACUAGGCAAGUGGGGUUUAUAUAACCAGUGAAAUAUCCAGGGUAGGAGAAUCAGUGACAGCUAAUCACCUCUCAAAAAAGGAUUCACCCAAGCAGUAAGAAGCCACACCUUAAAAACCGCUAGGCCACUAAAUGCUAAUCAAGGUGGCCAAUUGAAACAUUCACACCUACCUCCAACAGAGAAAAGUUCUUUCUCCCACCCUGGACAUCAUUCCACAGAUAUAUAAACCCCACUUGACUAGUUUCCAACAGACCUCUCAACCUUUGAGGAUGCCUGCCAUAGAUGCAGGUGAAACGUCAGGAGAAAAUGCUUCUGGAACACUGUCGUACAGCCUGGAAAACUCACAACAACCCAUGAGAGCUUUAUUUUGGCAAGGCCCCAGCAUUCUUUCCACAGAGAAGCAAAAGGCCUUGUGGAAUUAUAAAUUCCUUCACAUUGAACCGUGGCAAAUAAAGCAAUAUCUGAACUAAUUGCUCAAAGGACUAUAUAAACUGCUUGACUGUCUUCCUUAAAGGCCUAAAUGGCCACCUCCCACCACCUCCUUCUCUUAAUAUACAGUUUUCUCAUUCUAAAGGGCUCACAGAGCACAGCCUCCUCUUUCAGAAACAGGUACUUUACGUUUUAUCUAUAUACAUACACAAAUAUAGGAAAAACAAGCUUAUUUUUGUAUCUUCCCCACUUCUUCAAAUUCGCCACUGUUUGGAUCCCUCACGGGAGCCCCAGUUCAUAUAAUACCACACAACAGGGGUCUUUUGCUCCUCACUGUGGUCCAAGUGGAAGCUGACUAUUGCGUGGUUUAACAGAAGUGCAAUUACAAUUCAUUUUUUGUGUAGGUCAUAAACCAAAGAGGAGCCACUGGAAAAGUACGGUUCAAUAGGCAGCUUUAUUUCAGUAUUGGUUGUUGAGAGAGUUCUCCUCCCCGACCCUUUGUUUUGGGCUGUUACGUCUCCAAAGAAAAGGCUUCCCAGUGAAAGGCAAGAUUUGCAGUUUGGUUAUCACUGGGAGCUCCUCUUUUCUGACUUUGGUGGGAAAAAUAAAAGAGUUUGGAGUGAAGUCUUCAGCCUUGAUGCCUAACCAUGCCUUACUUGAGCAAUGUAGAGCGGGCAGGGACAAGCGCAGCCCUGCCACAGUUGUGAAUGUGAAGUAAACAGGACUUAAUAAAUUAAAAACAAACCCC